GGGGUGGAAAGACCAUUGGCCGGAGCGCGGUGGGGCUUCCUUCCUGCCACGAGGGUUUACGGGGUUUUGAACGUCCUCGUCGAACCUGGCAACGCAAGAGGAGGAAGAAAAACUCCCUUCUCACUUUAUCUCAAAGGAUCUGAGCUGGGGCACUGCACGGGGAGUGUGCAAUAUCCUGAGCGAUCUCAUGAUCUUCAGCAAGGAGUUCUAGCCAGCCCCACGGAGGCUUAACCCGGAGGCAAGCCAAGUAGAUGUCCGUGUGCUUGGGAAGAGGCGGUGUUUGCGUGCAGAGGUGACGACGUACCGACCGCAAAAAGAACAUGAGCAUGCUGAAACCCAGCGGGCUUAAAGCCCCCACCAAGAUCAGCAAACCUGGAAGCGUGCUGGUGAAAGCGGCCGCUGCCCCGGUUGCUGCGGUUUCAGCCCCGCCAGAAAAGACCCCGGCCAGCGAGAAGCCUUCAGCUGCAGCUCCCCCUGAAGCCCAGGAUGAGUUUGUGGAUGACUUCAGAAUUGGGGAGCGUAUUUGGGUCAAUGGGAAUAAGCCAGGCUUUAUCCAGUUCUUGGGAGAAACGCAGUUUGCUCCGGGCCAGUGGGCAGGGAUAGUUCUGGAUGAGGCCAUUGGCAAGAACGAUGGCUCUGUGGCCGGAGUGAGGUACUUCCAGUGUGAACCCUUGCGGGGAAUCUUCACAAGGCCCUCCAAGCUCACACGCAAAGUGGUUUCAGAGGAUGAAGCCAACGGUACCCAGGCAUCUUACGCAUCUCGAGCCACGUCGCCGACCUCCACGUCAGCAGCCAGCCUCGUGUCUUCUCCUUCGGCAGUAGCACAUCUGCCUCCCACCGGCAUUCCUCAUAAGAUGUCUCCUCCAGCUGCCAAGGAGACCCCCGUUUCUCAAAUGAGCAACCUCUCUAAAACCACCAGUGAAUCCAUUUCAAACCUUUCGGAAGCCGGCUCCCUAAAGAAGGGUGAAAGAGAACUCAAAAUGGGAGACAGAGUCUUGGUUGGGGGGACGAAAGCCGGCGUGGUGCGUUUCCUGGGGGAGACGGAUUUUGCAAAGGGAGAGUGGUGUGGCGUUGAGUUGGAUGAACCUCUGGGCAAGAACGAUGGCGCAGUGGCGGGAACAAGAUACUUCCAGUGCCAGUCCAAAUACGGCCUCUUUGCUCCGGUGCAUAAGGUUACCAAGAUCGGCUUCCCCUCGACCACCCCGGCGAAGGCCAAGCCUGCCGUCCGGAAAGUCCUCCCCACGCCAACGAGCUUGAAACGCAGCCCGAGCGCCUCUUCCCUCAGCUCCCUGAGCUCGGUGGCCUCUUCCGUAAGCAGCAAGCCGAGCCGCGCAGGACUAUUGACAGAGACGUCCUCUCGGUACGCACGGAAGAUUUCAGGCACCACCGCUCUGCAAGAGGCGCUGAAGGAGAAGCAGCAGCACAUCGAGCAACUCCUGGCUGAGCGGGAUUUGGAGAGGGCGGAGGUCGCCAAGGCCACCAGCCACGUCGGGGAGAUAGAGCAGCAGCUCGCGUUAGCGCGGGAUGGACACGAUCAGCGAAUACUGGAAAUGGAAGCCAAGAUGGACCAGCUGCGAGCCCUGGUUGAAGCUGCUGACAGAGAAAAAGUGGAGCUGCUUAACCAGCUGGAGGAGGAAAGGAGGAAGGUUGAAGAUCUCCAGUUCCGCGUAGAGGAAGAAUCUAUUACUAAAGGCGAUUUAGAGCCAAAGAGAGAGAUUUCUGAAGAUCCUGAAAAUACGCAGACCAAACUGGAGCAUGCCCGCCUUAAGGAGCUUGAGCAGAGUCUUCUCUUUGAAAAGACCAAAGCUGACAAACUCCAGAGGGAGUUAGAAGACACUAGGGUUGCCACUGUGUCAGAAAAAUCUCGAAUCAUGGAACUGGAAAGAGAUCUAGUGUUGCGGGAGAAAGAAGUCGCUGAGCUGCGGUCAAGAUUAGAGUCCAAUAAACUAGUCAGCAAUGUGGACACGUCUCUCUCACUGCUGCAGGAAAUCAGCACUCUGCAAGAGAAGAUGGCAUCAAUAAACAAGGAGCAUCAGGAGGAGAUGAAGUCUCUGCGGGAAAAACUUGGGGUCAGUGAAGAAUCCUUCCAGAAGGAAAUCAAAACCCUGUUGUCAUCCAAUGAAAGAAUGGCAAAAGAGAACAACUCCUUGAAAGUCAAGCUGGACACUGCACGCAAAGAGAAUUCAGAAGUGAUUGAAUUGUGGAAAUCUAAGCUGGAAUCUGCUAUUGCUUCUCAUCAGCAAGCAAUGGAAGAGUUGAAGACCUCUUUCAGCAAAGGAGCUGGGAUUCAGGCAGCUGAAUUUGCAGAGCUCAAGGUCGAGAUUGAGAAGAUGAGAGAUCAACAUCAGAAUGAUACAUCUACCUUGAAACUGAAGCAAGAAAGUGAGAGGUUGUGUCUCCUGAACGAGAUCGAAGCCCUGAAUAAGAAACUACUGGAGGUCACAGAAGAGAAGGAGAGAAGUUUGGAAGCACUGAAGACCAAACUGGAAAAUGCAGAAGAUCAGCACCUGGUGGAAAUGGAAGACACGCUUAACAAGUUGCAUGAAUCUGAAAUAAAGGUAAAGGAACUAGAAGGAUUCCAGGAGAAGUGCAAGGAACAAGCUAAGGCCGUUGAUAGCUUUAAAGCAAAGAUCAAAGCUACUGAAGCAAAGCUCAUGAAACUUGAUGCCCUUCAGAUGGCCCAUUCUGAAGGUAAACUGGAGUUGGAGAAACUUAGCAAGGAACUUGAGGCUGCUGGAAAAAAGAUACAGAGUUUAGAGAAUGACAGAAAUAAUGAAAGUAGCCAGGCUGCUAGUCUAGUCAAAGAACUGCAAGCGAAAGAGCAAAAACUGCUUGAUCUUGAGAGUCACUUGGGCACCGUCAACCAACUUAAAGAUUCUUUGGAAAAGGAGCUGGAAGACUUGAAAGGAAAAUUUACUAAGGCUGCUGAUGAGGCAGAACAUGUACAAAAAUCUAUGCAAGAAACUCUUGAAAAACUAAACCAAAAAGAGCUGCAGUUUGCACACAUGUCAAAUGAACUAGAUCAGCUCAGAUCUAACUUAACAGCCAUGGAGAAGACACUGAGAGAGAGGGAAGUCAGGGAGCAGCAGCUGAUGGAGGCUAAAACUAAACUUGAAAAUGAUGUGGCUGAAAUCAUGAAGUCUUCAGGAGACAGUUCCUCUCAGCUUACCAAGAUGAAUGAUGCCCUGCGACUAAAGGAGAAGCAAGUGGAAGAACUCCAGCUGCAACUCAACAAGGCCAGUGCAGGCACCGCUCAGUUGCAGGAAAAUUUGGAGCAGGCGGCCCGUCAGGCUGAAAAAAAGCAGGAAGAAAUGCACACACGGCAUCAGGAUGAACAGCAAAAAAUGCAGAAGAAAUUAGACACCCUGGAGAAGAAAAUAGCAGCUAACCAAGAGCAGUAUAAAAAUCUGCAGGCCGCAAACGAAAAAGCGCAAUCUGAAAUGGCUGCCAAGCACGAUGCAGCCAUCAAGGAGCUAAAACAGGAGCUUCAGAAGAAGGAGCAGCUGCUGGAGAGCGCCCAGAAGACAAACAGUGACUUAGAGAAGCAGGCCAAGGAAUUAAGGAAGGAAGUGGAGCAUGCAAAGUCGUUAACCUCUAUGUUAGCCACAGCCAGAAAAGAGAUUGAACUAAUGUCAGACGAGAUGAGGGCUUUGAUAUCAGAGAAGGAAAUCUUGGCACAGGAGGGGAAUGCUUUAAAAUUAGAAAAAGGUUCCUUGUUAUCAAAGCUGGUAGACUUGGAGUCCAAGAUUGGGUUGUUAAAACAAGAUCAGGAAAAACUUUGGACAGUGAAUGAAGAGCUUAACCUGGAGAAUAAAAAAAUUGUAAAGGAAAAACAAGAAGCGGAGAACAAAACCCACCAAGAGAAAGCGAAGAACGAUGAACUGCUCUCUGAAAAAGGGAAGUUGCUCCUGGAGAUAGAGGCCGCCCAAGAUGACCUUCUUAAGAUAACGAGAGAGAACGAUGCUCUACGUACUUCAAAGACAGCUCUCCUCCAUCAAGUGGAUGAGCUCCAAGCCCACAGCGAGGCCUUGGCCCAGGAGUGUCGGAAGCAUGUCAGCCAAAGGGAAGAACUGGAGGAUUGUCAGAGAAAGCUUUCAGAGGAGAACGCUGCUCUUCUCAAAGAUAAGGAUGAUGUCAUUCAGAAGCUGAAGAGCUCUUAUGAAGAUAUGGCCAGAGACCAAAAAGAGCUGCUUCAGGAAGUAACCACCUUGGCUGCUGAGAGGGACUCACUCUUGGGCAAGCAUUUGGAUCUGGAAAACAAGCAUGUAGCUUUGAAAAGGGAACGGGAUAGUCUGCAGCAGACUAGCCAGGAUCUGCAGUCAGACAAGGAGACUCUCUUGAAAAUCCAGGAGGAGAUGCGCAAAAGCUUAGAGCAGGCUCUAGAUGAAAAGCAGAAGCUUGGGUUGAAAAGUGAGGGCCUGCGGUCUGAACUUGAAUUGUCCGAUAAAGAGCUUAAAAAGGUCACCAAAGACAAGAACCAACUGCAGGCCUCUCAUGCUAGUCUUUCAAAACUUCUGGAAGAGAUUAAGGCUAGCAGGGCAUCAACAGACUCUGAGCUUAUUCAGUUAUUGCAAGAGAAGGAAGCCUUGACUUCCUCCGAGAGGAGACUUGUGGGUGAAAGGGAAGAACUUUUGAAUGAAAACAAAAACAUUUCAGAAAAGCUGACUAAAACAUUGGAAGAAGCUGCCCUUACUGAGAAAACCUUGAAUGAGAAGCUAAGCCAGUUGAGUGCAGAGAAGGAGGUGGCUUCUCAGAAGUCUUCAAAGCUCAAGAAACAGCAUGAGAGCCUUGCAAAGGAAAAGGCCAGUUUGGAAGCAAAAUGUGCCGAGCUCCUUGCUGAGAAGCAGUCUGCCACCAAAGCCUUGUGUGAAUUGAAGAAGAAGCACGAGUUAGACAUUUCUGCAAAGAGGAUGCUGGUCCAAGAUAAGGCCAAACUGCAGGGUAGUGCUGAAACACUAAAACGAGAGCUUGACCAGAAAAUAGAAGAGAACCAAGAGCUUGUCAGAUAUAAAGGUGAGCUGUCCAAAAUCUUAAAAGAGACCCAGAGUGCCAAAACAGUGUUGGAAAAUGAAUACUCUGCCUUGCUUCAUGCUAAACAACUCCUAGCAGCUUCAUUUAAAAGCAGUUCUUCUGAGAAGGAAAUACUGAGUAAAGAAAAGGUUCAGUUGCAAGAAGAAUGCCAGAAGUUGAGUAAAGAGCUCAAAACCAUCUACAAUAACCUUACAAUAGAGCGGGAAGGUCGUAAGAUGGAGAAGGAGUCUUUUGUGGUAGAGAAUACUCAACUCCAUAACGCUGUUUGUCACUUAGAGAGAGAGAAAGAACAACUGACAAUAAAAAACAAAGAGUUAUUGGUAGAAAGGGAUAAACUGAACCAGGAGAAAUUAAAGAGUGAAUCCAAGCUAGAAGAAAUUAUGAAGGAAAAGGAGAUCCUUAGUGCUGAGACAGACAAGCUUGCGUCCAACAUUGAGAAGUUGAAGAAGGAGUUUGCGGCUCUGACCAAGUCCAAAGCAGAAUUGCAGGAACUGCACAGCAGCGUCUCCAAGAUCCUAGAAGACCUCCGUUCCAGCCACGAAAUAUGCGAACUGGAACGGGGUAAGCUGCUUCAGGAGAAUGAGAUUCUGCUUUCUGAGCAGAAGGACCUCAUCACCAUAAAGGAAGAGAUCUUGAAGGAGAAAGAGAAGUUCUCUGAGGACUACUAUAAACUGCACGAGGAGAUAACGCUUCUAGCCCAGGCCAACAGUGAAAUGUCUGCCAACCUCUUGGCAUCUCAGAACAAAAAUCAGGCCCUUCAAAGGGAAAGGGAUGAACUUGUCUUGAAACUGGAAGAAAUUGAGAGUCUGCAGGCACAGGCGGUAAUGCAAAGAUAUGAGACUGCAAAAACAGCAGAAGACGCUUUGCAGAUAGUUGAGCAAGUGGCCAGAGAGAAGGAUGCUCUUCAUAAAGAGAAAAUGGAAACCUUGGCCUCCUUAGAAGAUUCCAAACAGGUCAACCAAAAGCUGAAAAGGGAGUUGGGCACUCUUAAAGAAAGCCACCUAAAGAACCAGGAGGAGCUUUCCAAGUCUCAGGAACGUCUGAACACCGAGAGCAAAAAGCUGGAAGAAAUUAGAAAAGAACUAGAAGUGCUAAAACUGGCAGAAGCGGAGAAAUCCCACCAGCUUGCAGUCUUGCAAGAAGAGAACGUUAAACUUGCCGGAGAGCUGGGAAAAGGGGAACUCGCAGGUCACCAAAAGCUGGAAGAAGAGAGAUCGGUCCUCAAUAACCAGUUGUUGGAGAUGAAAAAAAGAGAAGCCAAGUUAAAAAAAGAAACUGAUGAAGAGAGAGCUUCAUUACAGAAAUCCAUCAGUGUUACUAGUGCCUUGAUUACAGAGAGAGAUGAAGAGCUGGAAAAACUCAGAAAUGAGGUCAUGGUGCUCCGUGGCGAGAAUGCCACUGCAAGGAAUUUGCAUUCUGUAGUUCAGUCCCUGGAGUCCGAUAAGUUUAAACUUGAGAUAAAAGUAAAGAAUCUGGAGCAGAAACUCAAAGAGAGCCAGAAAGACCCUUCAGAUUCAUCUGGUGGUGACCUCCAGAAGGAAGAUGCCCCAGAGAGCAAGCAUAUGAUUGACUUCCUAAAUUCAGUAAUUGUGGAUCUUCAAAGGAAAAACGAGGAACUGAAAUCGAAAGUGGAAAUGAUGUCUGAGGCAGCUCUCAAUGGCAAUGAGGAAGAAGCUAUUAAUUAUGACAGCGAGGAAGACAACCAAGUCAAGAAAAAGCCUCGCCUUUUCUGCGACAUUUGCGACUGCUUUGACCUCCACGACACCGAAGACUGUCCCACCCAAGCCCAGGCGCCCGAGGAGCCUCCCCACUCGACCUACCACGGCAGUCGGAAAGAAGAGCGGCCCUACUGCGAAAUCUGCGAAGUGUUUGGCCACUGGACCACCAACUGCAACGAUGACGAGACCUUCUGACGCAGGACAGGACCGGGGAAAAUGAACGUUGCUCUGGGCGCGAGUCGGACCUCGUCCACCACCAGCAUUCAAGGACGUCGCCGUCAGGAGAGAAGAGAGAGGACCGGCGCUCUGCCUUCCCAGAAUUCCUUGCAGCAGCCACCCAGCUUAGAAAGAUGGAGUCAGUCUGGUCUUCCACAGCAAGAUAUUUUAUUCUACCCUUCUUAAGCUGAAAUUAAAAUAAAUCAUUUAACAGGCAGAGUGCUGCCAUUUUUCAUUUCCAACUUCUGGGUUUGCAAUCCUCUUUUGGGAGAAACUUCCCUCCGGUCACGUUGCUUACUUUGGGGGGGAGGAGAGGAGGGGGGUCAAACAAGCAAGCACUAGUUCUAUCUUAGCUAAUUUAAAGGUCUUUGAAAUUAUGCUGUUAAUUUUCAUAUUUGCACUAAGCUCUCCAAGCGGCGGAUGUAUGUUUUUAGAUUUUGUACGUUCUGACACUGGAAUGGGUUUAAGAGGCAAGCUUUUUCAGUUGGUUUGUUUUCCUCGGCUUUGUGACCUCUCGAUCAACGAACACACGCGUGAGCAAGCUUUCGUGUGCUACCUGGUGCGAGACCUGGAGUAGUGCCUUCCUUUCCACAAGAUUUCUUAACAGUGUGAGACGUCGUUGAGGCAACAAGAUCAUGAAGCAGGUCAGCCACCACGGGGGAAAUUUUUUUUCUAACCAAACCUCUUCAGCUGUGCCCUGGGGAAAUCUCUCCACGUUUUUUCAGCUUCUGUAGAGUUGUACAUAAGUACAUAUAUAAAUAUAUUUAAGAAAAAGAUUUAUAUUUUGGAAAGCUAUCUUAUUGUCUUCAGUGCUUCUGUUAUUCGGAACUUAGAGGGCUUUUGUGCACAGCACCGUAACUUGAUUUAAUGACUUUAAAUAGCCUCACGUUUGGGAGACUUUUUUUCUGACUGGGAUGAUUUUUGGUGGGGGGGGUGUGCAUGUACCAAAAAAGGGGGGGGGAAAUCUUCCAGCAACAAUUUGUAUCCUCUAACAGAUUUUUAUUGAAGAUCAAUUCUGAAAUCAAGACCUUUUUUUUUAAUUAAUAUGUAAUUUAUUUAUUUUCCCCUCGGUCUGAAUUUUGUUCCAGAUGAAUGUAAAAUAGAAAACUCAGUAUUUAAAUCAUUGUGGAGUUUCUAAGAAGCCAAUACUUUACCAGAAAUUUUUGAAAACGUGAAACAGAGCACACUUCUGGGUGAAACUGUGUCAUGCAUGUGGCCACGUGCUUACCUUAAGGCGCGUGGCGUUCCUGUUGAGUUUACUCUGUCACGGAGUCCGAUGCUGUGUACUGUUUAAGAUAGCAAAAGAGGACGCCAGCCUAGUUCUGCUCUCUUCUUUUUGAAUGUCACAAAUACAAAUGUAAGAAAAAGAAAAAAAUGUCAACAUUCCCUGCUUUCUCUACAUUACGGAAGAAUUUAACUCUUCUAUAACUGUGUCUAUGUUUGUGUUUAUGUGUGUAUAUGUAUGUGUGUAUACACACACACACAUAAAAAGCACACACGCACGUACACGUGCACACAUCUGUGCUGCUAGUGUAUUUUUCCCAGAUUACAAUCAGUAUUUGGCAUAUGAGUUUAAAAAAAAAAUAAUUUAAUGUAAUUGUUUGAACUUUGGAGUAACGAAUGUAUUAUAGGGAUAGUCAUAAAAAAGCAGGGAAAGCAGUAUUCAGCUAAACCAAGUGUACUGUAUCUUUAAUAAAGCGGUUAUUCUUUGUCAUCA